CCCACCCUGGUUCCCACUGGUGCUGUGGGAGAAUGAACCAGCCACAGAGGAUGGCGCCCGUGGGCACGGACAAGGAGCUGAGCGACCUCCUGGACUUCAGUAUGAUGUUCCCGCUGCCUGUGGCCAAUGGGAAGGGCCGACCUGCCUCUUUGGCCAGCGCCCAGUUUGGAAGCUCAGGUCUGGAUGACCGGCCCAGCUCGGGCUCCUGGGGUGCUGGCGACCAGAACAGCUCCUCCUUUGAUGCCAGCCGGACUUACAGUGAAGGUGCCCACUUUGGUGAGUCCCACCCCAGCCUUUCUUCGUCCACAUUCCUGGGUCCCGUGCUCGGAGGCAAGAGCAGUGAGCGGAGCGCCUACACCACCUUUGGGAGAGACUCGGGCGUUGGUGGCUUGACUCAGGCUGGCUUCCUCCCCAGCGAGCUGACCCUCGGCAGCCCCGGGCCGCUGUCCCCCUCAGGUGUCAAGGGUGGUUCCCAGUAUUAUUCCUCCUACCCCGGGCACCCUCGGCGGAGAGCUGCAGAUGGCAACCUGGAUGUGCAGCCCAAGAAGGUCCGGAAGGUUCCUCCAGGCCUCCCGUCCUCGGUGUACCCACCCAGCUCAGGCGAUGACUACGGCAGGGACGCGACCACCUACCCGUCCACCAAGACCCCCAGCAGCGCCUACCCUGCCCCCUUCUACAUGGCAGAUAGCAGCCUGCACCCCUCAGCUGAAAUCUGGAGCUCUCCAGGCCAAGCCGGCUUCGGAGCCAUGCUGGGUGGGGGCUCCUCCCCCCUGUCCCUCCCGCCCGGUGGCAGCAACUCAGUGGGCAGCGGCAGUGGCAGCGGGUUCGGAGGCCUGCACGAGCGCAUGAGCUACCAGCUGCAUGGAGCAGAGGUCAACGGUGGGCUACCAGCUGUGUCCACCUUCUCCUCGGGUCCCACAGCCUCAUACGCCAACGUCUCUGGCCACACAACCCCUGUCAGCGGGGCCGAGAGCCUCAUGGGCUCCAGAGGGACCACAGCCGGCAGCUCUGGGGAUGCCCUUGGGAAGGCACUGGCCUCGAUCUACUCUCCGGAUCACUCAAGCAAUAACUUCUCCUCCAGCCCCUCAACCCCGGUGGGCUCCCCACAGGGCCUGGCAGGGACAUCUCAGUGGCCCCGAGCGGGAGCCCCCGGUGCCUUAUCACCCAGCUAUGAUGGGGGUCUGCACAGCCUGCAGAACAAGAUGGAAGACCACCUGGAUGAAGCCAUCCACGUGCUGCGCAGCCACGCUGUGGGCACAGCAGGCGACGUGCACGGGCUGCUACCUGGCCACGGGACACUGGCCUCGGGCUUCACUGGCCCCGUCAUGCCACUGAGCGGGCGGCACACCGGCCUGGUGGGAGGCGGUCACUCAGAAGAUGGUCUCGCAGGCGGCGGCAACCUCAUGCACAACCACGUGGCCCUUCCUGGCCAGCCCAGCGCCCUCCCUGACCUCCCCCGGCCGCCUGACUCGUACAGCGGACUCGGGUGCACCAGCACCUCGGGAGCAGGCGAGAUCAAGCGGGAAGAGAAGGAGGACGAGGAGAACAUGUCGGUGGCCGACAACUCCGAGGAGGAGAAGAAGGAGCCGAGACCGCCCCGGCCCCGGACCAGCCCGGACGAGGACGAGGACGACCUUCUCCCCCCAGAGCACAAGGCUGAGCGGGAGAAGGAGCGCCGGGUGGCCAAUAACGCCCGGGAGCGGCUGCGGGUCCGAGACAUCAAUGAGGCUUUUAAGGAGCUGGGGCGCAUGUGCCAGCUGCACCUCAACAGUGAGAAGCCCCAGACCAAACUGCUCAUCCUGCACCAGGCCGUGUCGGUCAUCCUGAACCUGGAGCAGCAGGUGCGAGAGCGUAACCUGAAUCCCAAAGCGGCCUGCUUGAAGCGAAGAGAAGAGGAGAAGGUGUCCGGUGUGGUUGGAGACCCCCAGAUGGUGCUCUCAGCUGCCCACCCGGGCCUGAGUGAGGCCCACAACCCCUCUGGGCACAUGUGACGGGGCCUCCUGGGACGAGCCGCUUGGCCGCGCACCUGGGCAGGUCUGCUCCAGGCCGACAGGCCUGCCCUGAGGACACUACGAGGAUGGGUGAUGGGGGCCCCGCCCCGCCCUCACACUCCACGGGCUCGGUCUCCGCGGCCCUCGGGACCUGCCCAGCGUACCCGGAAGCUGCACCUCCGCCCUGCAGCCCAGGCUGGACUGGAAGGACUUUUUUUUUUUUAACCAGAAA